AGGCAGGAUCUUUGUUUAGUUCAACGUUGUUCAGUCUAGAACAAUCUAGAACAACGCCUGACAUGCAGCAGGCACUCCCUCAUUAUUUGUUGAAUGAGCGAGUGAAUGAAUGAGAAAGAGACUAAUUCUGACUGAGAGUUCUAGGCAGAAUCAUGAGGAAGAAUCCUUUGAGCUGGCUGUUGAAGGAUGGGCAGAGUUGGACCGUCGGGUUUUCUGGGGAAAGACAUUCCAGAUCAAAGGCAUAUUUUGAGCAAAGGCAGAAAAGUGGCAGAGCCCACCUGUGCUCCUGGAACGGCAAAGAGUCCCAAGUAACCAGUGCUGGGGGCCAGUGAGAGCAGUAAGGGUGGACAGAUAAACCAAUGGAUAGAAAAAUAACGAAAGGGGACUCUGGGUGGAGUGAGGGAACGAAUUACUAAUCACUGCCCAUGUUGAGAGGGCAGGCGAGUCGGGGGUUGGAAUCUCAAACAAGCAGCAUGCGUUGUCCCUUUAAGAAAUCAGGGAGAGAUUGUCCCUUUUAAGAAAUCAGGAAUGUGAAUAGUGUUUGCUAAUGAGAUCUCAUCUUUAUAUAGUACUUGACUGUUUUCAAAACAUGGUCACAUGUUUAUUAUGAUGGAGGCUUCAGGACAACUAUGUGAAGUUGGUAUAAUAGCUAAUAGGCAGGUUUUUAUUUACAUGAUUUGAUCAACUUAAAGUUAAUUGCAUUUUACUGUAUCAAGCCAGCUAAGUGACUGGUAGUUAGAAGGUGGAGAAGCGGCUUCCCACUGCCUUGGGCCUCAUUACACUGUGUUUCUCCCUCUGCCAGUCUGCCUCUUUCAUCCCCACGCAAUCCUAAAGAUGUCAUGCUGGGAUUUUUCACCAGGGUACAAGCUUCUUCCCAUUUCCCCCAUCAUUGAAAGUAGCAGUUUCUUCUUUACCAGAUCCAUUUUUCUCUUUCCUCCUUUUCCAUUUCACUUUACCUGGAAUAAUUAUGAGAACGAUGAACACAUGUAGAAGGUGGGUGUGUUUUUACCUUGGCCUGUUCAGCAUCCUUUCAGGCUUAGGCCGAGACGGUCUGACCCAGCACCUGACGUGCUCUGAAGUUGUGUCUGUCUUUCGUGUGGUUCGUGGGUGGAAGGGCAGAGGAAGCAUGUCCACGACUCCGUGUGAGUGUCUUCAGGCUUGCUUGUUGCUCGCUUUGGGAGUAAACCUGAUCUUCUUAAUUCCCCCAGAUAUUAGUAGGCAGGACGAGGCGGAGGGAGAACUCAGUGAAGGAGAACACUGGUAUGGGAACUCUUCAGAGACGCCGUCGGAAGCAUCCUAUGGAGAAGUCCAGGAGAACUAUAAGCUGUCCCUGGAGGACCGGAUCCAGGAGCAGUCCACUUCCCCCGACACCUCCUUGGGAAGCGGGACCCCCAGCAGUCACACGUUGGAGCUGGUGGCACUUGACGGUGAGGUCCUGCGAGACCCACUGCAGUGUCCGGAUCACCUCUCCCCCGGCGUGUCUUCUUUGUGUGAUGACGAUCCCGCGGGCUCCACCAAGCCCUUGAGCAGCAACUUGAGGCGGCUGCUAGAGGCCGGGUCCCUCAAACUCGAUGCCACGGCCACGGCCAACGGCAGGGUGGAGUCCCCUGUCAACGUCGGCUCGAAUCUCUCCUUUUCCCCACCGUCCCACCAUGCCCAACAGCUCAGCGUGCUGGCCAGGAAGUUGGCAGAGAAGCAGGAACAGAAUGACCAAUACACUCCAAGUAACCGUUUCAUAUGGAAUCAAGGUAAGUGGUUGCCAAACUCAACCACCACCUGCGGCUUGUCCCCGGAUUCAGCCAUCCUCAAACUGAAAGCUGCAGCCAAUGCUGUCCUGCAGGACAAAUCGCUGACCAGGACGGAGGAGACCAUGCGAUUUGAGUCCUUUUCCUCCCCUUUCAGCUCCCAGUCUGCCAGCUCCACCUUGGCAGCUUUAUCCAAGAAAGUCAGCGAGAGAAGCUUGACUCCUGGCCAGGAACACCCGCCCCCGGCCAGCUCUUUCCUUUCCCUGGCUUCCAUGACCUCCUCGGCGGCCCUUCUGAAAGAGGUCGCAGCAAGGGCUGCCGGGACCCUUCUGGCUGAGAAAUCAUCACUGGUGCCUGAGGACCCUCUCCCGCCACCGCCUUCAGAGAAGAAGCAAGACAAAGUGACCCCGCCGCCACCUCCGCCACAAUCCUUGGAAUUAUUGUUACUCCCAGUUCCUAAGGGCAGAGUGUCUAAACCCUCCAACUCAGCUUCAGAAGAGGAAAGCGGAAAACCUUUCCAGUGCCCCAUAUGUGGUUUGGUUAUAAAAAGGAAGAGUUACUGGAAGCGGCACAUGGUGAUUCACACGGGUUUAAAAAGCCAUCAGUGUCCGCUCUGUCCAUUCCGGUGUGCUCGCAAGGACAAUCUCAAAUCCCACAUGAAGGUUCAUCAGCACCAGGACCGGGGAGAGACCUUUCAGUGCCAGCUCUGCCCUUUCACUUCCUCCCGUCACUUCAGCCUGAAACUCCACAUGCGUUGCCAUCAGCACUUCCUGAGGACAGAAGCCAAGGUGAAGGAGGAGAUCCCAGACCCCGAUGUCAAGGGAUCUCCCCACCUCAGUGACAGUGCCUGCCUGGGGCAGCAAAGGGAAGGAGGAGGGACAGAGCUAGUGGGGACCAUGAUGACGUCCAGCACUCCAGAGAGGACUAGCCAGGGUGGGGCUGGCGUCUCGCCUUUGCUGGUGAAGGAGGAGCCCAAGGAAGAUAAUGGCCUGCCAACCUCCUUUACUCUGAAUGCUACCGACAGGCCGGCCAACCACACGAAGCUGAGAGAGCCCUCCGAGUAUGCAGCCAACAAUGCGUCCGCAUUGUUCAGCCAGGACAUCUCUGUUAAGAUGGCGUCUGAUUUUCUCAUGAAGCUGUCAGCUGCAAAUCAGAAGGAGCCCAUGAAUCUUAAUUUUAAAGUGAAAGAGGAGCCUAAGGAAGAGGAGGCUCUAAGUGCCACGUUGCCUCGGUCCAACUAUGUGUUCAGCCCCGAGUCUGAAGUGCCAGCCCCGAGCAUCUCUGAGGACACACUUAAGCCCCAGGAAGCAAAGGGCAACGUACUAAGGCGGGAUAUGUCAGUCAAAGCAGCAUCUGAACUUCUCAUGAAACUAUCAGCGGAAAGCUACAAGGACACUCAGAUGGUGAAGAUCAAAGAGGAACCCAUGGAGGUGGACAUCCAGGACUCGCAGGCCUCAAUAUCACCCAGCCGCAGUGUUGGCUAUAGCACUUUAAUUGGGCGAGAGAAAACUGAACCCUUACAGAAGAUGCCAGAAAGUAGAGUGCCCCCAGAGAGAAACCUCUUCAGUCAGGACAUCUCUGUGAAGAUGGCUUCCGAGCUUCUUUUUCAACUGUCAGAGAAGGUGAGCAAAGAGCACAUUCACACGAAAGAAAACACCAUCCGGACGACCACCAGCCCUUUCUUUUCAGAAGAUACCUUUAGACAAUCACCAUUCACCUCCAACUCAAAAGACCUGCUGCCCAGUGAAUCUGUGCUUCACGGAAGAAUAUCAGCUCCAGAAACAGAAAAGAUAGUCCUCGAGGCAGGAAAUGGGUUGCCCUCUUGGAAAUUCAACGACCAGCUUUUUCCCUGUGACGUGUGUGGGAAAGUAUUUGGCCGACAGCAGACAUUGUCCCGACAUCUGUCUCUGCACACAGAGGAAAGAAAAUACAAAUGCCACUUGUGCCCGUAUGCUGCUAAGUGCCGCGCAAACCUGAACCAGCACCUGACCGUCCAUUCGGUGAAGCUGGUGAGUACGGACACCGAGGACAUCGUCAGCGCCGUCACCUCUGAAGGCAGUGAUGGAAAGAAGCACCCUUAUUAUUACAGCUGUCACGUGUGCGGAUUUGAGACAGAGCUCAACGUCCAGUUUGUCAGCCACAUGUCACUCCAUGUGGACAAGGAACAGUGGAUGUUUUCCAUCUGCUGUACGGCCUGCGACUUCGUCACCAUGGAGGAGACGGAGAUAAAGGCGCACAUCGGCACCAAGCACACAGGGGAAGAUAGGAAGACCCCCAGUGAAUCAAACAGCCCCUCUUCAUCCUCCCUCUCAGCUCUGAGUGAUUCAGCCAACAGCAAAGACGAUUCAGACAGCUCCCAGAAAAACAAGAGCGGAAACAACCUGCUGGUCAUCUCUGUCGUGCCUGGGAGCCAGCCCUCACUGAACAGUGAGGAAAAGCCAGAGAAAGGGUUCGAAUGCGUUUUUUGCAACUUUGUCUGCAAGACGAAGAACAUGUUUGAGCGCCAUCUGCAGAUCCACCUCAUCACCCGGAUGUUUGAGUGUGACGUGUGCCACAAGUUCAUGAAGACCCCUGAACAGCUGCUGGAGCAUAAGAAAUGCCACACUGUCCCCACCGGUGGGCUCAAGUGCCCAUUCUGCAUUUAUUCCACCAACCGCCCCGCCGCCAUGGAGUGCCACCUCAAGACCCACUACAAGAUGGAGUACAAGUGCCGGAUCUGCCAGAUGGUGAAGGCCAACCAGCUGGAGCUGGAGACGCACACCCGCGAGCAUCGCCUCGGCAACCACUACAAGUGCGACCAGUGCGGCUACCUGUCCAAGACCGCCAACAAGCUCAUCGAGCACGUGCGCGUGCACACCGGGGAGCGGCCCUUCCACUGUGACCAGUGCAGCUACAGCUGCAAACGCAAGGACAAUCUCAACCUUCACAGGAAGCUGAAGCACGCCCCGCGCCAGACCUUCAGCUGCGAAGAGUGCCUGUUCAAGACCACUCACCCCUUCGUCUUCAGCCGCCACGUCAAGAAGCACCAGAGCGCGGACAGCCCCGAGGAGGACAAGAAGGGCCCGGCUCCGGCCCCCAAGGAAGCCGCCGGCCCCGGAGCCCCGCUCCUCGUGGUCGGGAGCGCCCGCCACCUCCUGUCUCCCCUGUCGGUCAUGUCCGCCUCCCAGGCUCUGCAGACCGUGGCCCUGUCGGCCGCCCACGGCGGUGGCGGCGGCGGCGGCGGCGGCGGCGGCGGCGGCGGUGGCAGCGGCGGCUGCUCCGAGCCCAACCUGGCACUCAAGGCCUUGCCCUUGAAUGGCUCCCCUUUGCGCUUUGACAAGUACCGGAACUCGGAUUUCGCCCAUCUCAUUCCCUUGACGAUGUUAUACCCCAAGAACCAGUUGGAUCUCACAUUCCACCCUCCCCGACCUCAGACUGCGCCGCCCAGCAUCCCGUCCCCCAAACACUCCUUCCUCGCCUAUCUCGGACUGAGAGAGAGAGCAGAGACUGUCUGAGGGCAGCCGGGCUCUGUACCAAAAACCAAGAGACAGAGACAAAAACACAAAACUCACAAAACUUAAACACAACCCCAGCAGAUGUACGUUGCUGCAAAACCUACAGACCCGCCCGGGUCUGACCACGUGUACUGUAUAUCUUUAGUGAGGAAUAGAGAAUUGGCUCUGUGUGUAUACCUAUUGCAUUGACCUGAAAGCUGCUUUAUCCGAUCUUCAGAGAGGUGACCUACUGCAUCCGUCUACCUUCAGAGGCAUGCCUCCCCAGCCACACACUCCCACCCUCAGCCCUUCUCAGUACUUUGAAAGGAAAUUCGUCUUGUUAAACCCUAAAGAGAGUGUCCUUAAUAGCAAUCAGCACUUGUAAGCUUCUGUACCGGUGCAUUUUGUUUUCUGUUGGGUGAAUGGGGCGUGUGGGCGUUUGUGGAUUUGGAAAGAGACAGCCGUGUGUCGUGUGCCAUAACAUUUGCACCUUCUUUGUACUGGCUUCUUUCACAGGGAUGAACGUUCUUGGCCCUCCUGGGUUGUUCAUCCACUACAGUCGCACCCCGAGCUCCUUCAUUACCUUUCCCUCUCUAUUUUGUGGCUACAGAGUGGUAAGGCCUGGUGCUUAGGCGACGAAGGAAUGGUAGACAUCUCAGUGCUGCCUGAGAUUUCCGACAGAGUCCUGGAGACCUUGUGCUCGCAUCUCUGGUUAUGAAGAUGCGAGCCGUUGAGAGCCCCAUCUGGGAGAAAUAGCUUGCAGCACUGCAGCCAACAUCACAAAACUUAAGUGUGUUUUGCGUGUGUGUCCAUACGUAUGCAGUGUGUAUGGUACACACACACAGUGCAUCAUUUUUUUAAGGGCAGAUUAUAUAUAUAUAUGUAUGUGAUGUAUUAAGUCAGUGGUUACCAUUUGUUUGCAGGAAAAGAAAAAUUGUAUGAGUGAAAAUUUUUAUGGUUGAUAAAUCCAGCCAAGGAGAUUAAAAGGGGUUUGGAUAAAUUCUGGGUAUAAAUGCUCAGACUAAAAAAGAAAUGGCAGUUUUGCACAGUGCUUUUGGUCUUGCACUAGUUUUUGUUUCUCAUCUGCAAAAAAGAAAAGUAAAAUAAAAGGAAGAAAAUGUACCUUUUUUAUGGAAAGAGUAGACUGUAUGUUUGAAACUUUUGUCAUAACCUCUUUGACAUAUAACUACCCAACAAAAAGGUGCUGUUUUGUCCUACCGUUCAGUUUAUGCCCCUGAGACGUUUCCAUUUGUUUGCAGAUCGUCAGGCUAUAGCGGUAUUCUCCACGUUAUUAAUAAUUCUGUAUUCCAUUUUGUUAACACCUGGUAGAUAUAACCUGCUAGGAAGCUAACUUUAUACUUAUUUAAAGCUCUUAUUUUGUGGUCAUUAAAAUGGCAACUUAUGUGCAGCACUUUAUCGCGGCAAGAAGCAUAUAUGGAUUGGUUGUACAGCCCUUUGCUAUUCUUAAAAAGUAAUGGGUGAUUUAAAAAGAAGAAAAGGAAAAGAAUCUUUGGCUAAACAUGUUAAUGGCUUGUAUUUUUUAAGACAACAGAAUUUCCAGUAUGAAACAGGCUGAAGAGCAGGAAGAAAUGUGCUUUGUAUAAUAAUGAGAAGUUUGGAAUAUAAAAGUUUAUAUAUUAUUUAUCUAUUGAAGAACUGGUGUACAGGAGGAAUGCUUUCUUACUGCGUUGCUGUUUUUCCAUCAUGUGUUAUCCUAGGGUUGGGAUUUUUUUUUUCAUCUAUUCCACCGGGGGAAAAUAAAAGCAUCCCUAAUUUU